GCCAGGAGCUCCGACUCACUUGGUACCUGGAGCCUGGGGAGAGGACUGCGCCCGACAGCCGUCUGGAACAAACACAACUCCCGAUUCAAGGAUUUUGGAUAGGAGACAACGCAUGGUGUCCCGACAUGCACCCUGGUAUCCACCGCUCCCUCCUCUUCACACUGCUGCUUCUUCAAGUCCAGCGAGGCACCUCGGUGCAGGAGAUCCAGACCAGCCAUGAAACUAUCCUCAAGAUCAACUCAGCAGGAGAGAUGAUGAAGUGCUCAGCAGCCAUGGACAUCCUCUUCCUCAUGGAUGGCUCCUACAGUGUGGGCAAGGGCAGUUUUGAGAGGUCCAAACACUACGCACUCAAACUCUGCCAAGCCUUAGACAUCGGACCAGACAAGGUGCGAGUAGGCUUGAUUCAGUUUGGCUCCGUUCCUCGUCUGGAGUUUGCCCUAGAUGCAUACACAAGCAAGGAGGAGCUGAGGAAACACAUGAAGAAGAUAUCCUACAGGGGAGGCAGCACCCAGACAGGCCUGGCUCUGAAGUACGUGCUGAGGAAGGGUUUCCCAGGGGGGCGGAACUCCUCCAGGGCGGCCCAGAUUGUCAUCCUGCUGUCAGAUGGAAAGUCCCAGGGCAACGUGGUGCAGGCGGCCGCACAGCUCAAGGAGACGGGCGUCGUCCUGUUCGCCGUGGGCCUGCGUUACCCCAGGUGGGAGGAGCUCCACGCGGUGGCCAGUGCACCAAUGGAAAGCCAUGUUUUCUUUGCUGAGCAUUUCUAUGACGCUGUCAAUGGCUUGUACACCACGCUCACCACCUUCUCUGUCUGCAGUGCCACACCUGCAGGCUGUCAGGUGGAAUCCUACCCUUGUGAGAGGAGGACGCUGGAGACGGUGAAAGAGCUCCAGGGAAAUUUCAUGUGCUGGAAAGGCUCCAAGGGAUAUUCCCCAUACACUUCUCUCUGUCCUUACUACAGGUACAACAAAGUUUACAAGAGACACCAGACGGUCUGCCAUCGGACUGUUUGUCCAGAUCCCUGUGACUCCCAGCCCUGCCUAAACGGUGGAACGUGUGUGUCAGAAGGUCCAGAUGGCUACCACUGUGUGUGCCUGCCUGGCUAUGGAGGAGACCCGCACUGUGCUCCGGCACUAUCACUGGACUGCUCUGUGGACCUGCUCUUCCUGGUGGAGGGCUCCGACACGCUCACCUUGGAAGGCUUCCUCCGCCUCAAGUCCUUUCUAAAGCGCUUCCUGCAGGCCGUCAUCAGCUCUGACACCCCGACUAAAGUCGGCCUGGCAGUGUUUGGCAGAGAGGCUCGCGUUGAGGCCCAGGUGGGCAGGUUCAGAGGCGACGUGCGGGGGCUGCUGAAGGCCGUGGAGCAGCUCCAGCCCAUGGGCGGCGAGACGCGGACGGGACAGGCCCUUCGCUACGUGACGCGCCACGGCUUCGUGAGCGCGCCGGUUUUCGCCGACGUCUCGGAUGACCUGCCGCGUGUGGUGGUGCUGCUCACGGCCACACCUGCUGUCGACGAGGUGGUUGAGCCUGCGAAAUACGCACGUGACAGAGAGAUCUUCCUUAUCGGGGUUGGGCCGGACUCUUUAAAAGGACAGUUGAACAAUAUCACAGGAAAUCCACAACGGACCCUCACCUAUCCCUCACCUGAGAGAUUUAAUGCCAAGAUCCCCGAACUUAAGGCCAAGAUCUGCAGUGUGGACAACCAAGGUUGCCUGAGCCAGGCAGUAGACCUGGUGUUUGCCCUGGACGCCUCUGGUGGCGUCGGCCGCGACAACUUCGCCAGCCUCCGGGACUUUGUGCGCAGUGUCAGCGUCCAGUUUGACAUUAACCGCGACGUGGCCCAGGUGGCGCUGGUGACCUACAGCCGGAGACCCACCACAGUGUUCAACCUGGACACCCACGAGUCGGGCUCCGGCGUGCUCAAGGCUGUCGGCGAGGCCAGCUUCAUGGGUGGAGUGUCUUCAACGGGCUCCGCUUUGCUCCACGUCCACUCCAACGUCCUGACGGUGGCCAAGGGGGCGCGGCCCGGCGUCAACAAGGCCGUCGUGGUGGUGACCGACGGUUCGGGAGGGGACGACGCCGUUGUGCCAGCCCAGAAGAUAAGAGAUAACGGGGUUUCGCUGUUUGUGAUCGGCAUCGGAGAUGUGCAGAGAGACAGGCUGCUGCGGAUCGCCGGCUCAGAGGAACACGUGAUCUCAGUGCCGUUUUACGAGGAUCUCAAGUACUUUGAGGACGUGCUGGUACAGAUGCUGUGCUCAGAGGUGAAGAAGCCGGUAAACCUGUGCAAGCCCAACCCUUGUAUGAAUGAUGGGCUCUGCAUCCUGUCGGGAGGGAGCUUCCGCUGCCAGUGCCAAGGCUACGAAGGGCCACACUGCGAAACACGGAGCAGCAGGCCUUCAUCCAGAGGGGACCUUCCCAGGCCUGCUGGUCUGAGGAGGAGGAACAGGCAGAGGAAGAGCCACCAGGAACUUCUCCAUCACUACAAACUGCAUCGCAGGAGACAUGCUGUUUAAUACACCAUGCAUAAUACACAUAAUACUGACUCGCCUGUCCCAGCAGCUUGAAAUACAAACACAAACACACACACACACACACUGCAAACACCAAUCAACUGGACAUUUAUGUACCAAGGACUUGUGCAGGUACACACACUGUGUAAAGGGAAAACUAACAUUUCUAUUGACGGUGCUGACAGAAAUGUUGUCACUGUUUGAAUAUUUAAAGUGGCACUCUACCCAGUGCAAUCACAAAGUGCCUUCAAACUGCGUUUCCACUGGAGUGUCCGUGUCGCCGGUUUGUGCAUCUUGAACUUAGUAAUCACUGUGCUCACUUUGGUGGAAAAUCGGUGUACUUGAUUCUCGCCUUGGUGCAGUUCUCUUUUACAGUGUGGUGUAUGUCUGUGUCAUGGUUUUUAUUUUGCAAAAAAUGUGUAAUCAGAACAGUGUUAGACUUCCGCCCUCCUCCACACCAAGACUGCAACAAACAGAUAAUGCCAAAAAUGCAAUACACCAAAUACGACAUUUUUGCUUGGUUGUUGUACCAUAUUUCAACAGGCUUUACCAUGAUAAAUAAUGCACAUUUUAAAAUCUAGAAACAAUCAAUGGAUGCUGAAAUUCGCUAUGAGUAUCUUGUUAAGAUGUUAAAAACAUACUUGUGAAUAAAGUAAAAGUAUAUAUUAUUUGAUUAAAUACAUGUUAUAAUCAGAGAGUAAAGCUGAUUUC